CCGCCAUUUCAUACCACUCUGCUCUCCUAGGACAAGCCAGCUAACCAACAGUAGUGAAAAUGGAGAAUCAACUGUGCAAGCUUUUUGUCGGUGGCUUGAACGUUCAGACCACCGACGAAGGUCUGCGGACACACUUCGAACAGUUCGGCUCCCUGACCGACUGCGUGGUGGUGCAGAACCAGCAGCUGAAGCGUUCGCGCUGUUUCGGCUUCGUCACCUACUCCUCUCCAGGCGAGGCCGAUGCAGCAAUGGCGGCCAGGCCUCACGUGUUAGACGGUAACAACGUGGAGCUGAAGAGAGCCGUGGCUCGGGAGGACGCCGGAAAGCCAGAAGCGCUCGCUAAGGUCAAGAAAAUUUUCGUCGGUGGUCUUAAAGACGAUAUCGAAGGACAGCACCUGAUCGACUGCUUCUCUCAGUUCGGAGCCGUCGAGAAGGCCGAGGUGAUCACAGACAAAGAGACCGGCAAGAAGCGCGGCUUCGGGUUCGUCUACUUCGAAGAUAACGAUUCCGCCGACAAAGCGGUGGUGCUCAAGUUCCACCAUAUUAACGGACACAAAGUAGAAGUGAAGAAAGCUCUUACUAAGACAGAAAUGCAGACGGCGGCUUCCGGGCGAGGCGGUGUGCGCGGAGGAAGAGGAGCAGGAGGCCGCGGCAUGGGCAGGCCUCAGAACGGCUACGGCGCUGGACGUGGAGGCGGCGGCUACGGUGGCAACUAUGGCGGCGGAUACGGAGGUGGAAACGACUGCGGCUACGCUGGUGGUUACGGAGGCGGUUACGGUGGUGGCUACGGAGGUGGCUACAACGACCAGAUGGGGGGCUACGGUGGCGGCAACGGCUACAAUGAUUUUGGCACCGGCUACGGCCAGCAGGCCUCGGGCUAUGGUCCAAUGAAAGAACUGACAAAACUGGUGGAGUUUGGAAACUCUACAGUCUUGAGUCCAGUCGGUUGAUGAAGCUUUGCAGAUGCUGAGGCUGGUUUGACUCUGACCUGGUGUGUGAAUACUGGGGAAAGCUCUUGGAGUAUCCCAAGACUCAAAAGAGCAUGGUAUGCCAUCUGUGAGCAAGUUACUGCCAUGAAGAAGAACUGCUGGGGUUAUGGCUGAUCCACUGAAUGGAACUAAUGUCUGAAGCUGUUUGUAGUGUAAUGAAAAUAAACAUCUGCAUAUACAGUGGAGUUAAUAAAGUAUGUGAAAGGAA